AGCCGGUGGUAGAGCGGCGUCGCGCGCAUUCUCUACAUUUACACACAGUCGUAUUUCGCCAUUCGCAAAGAAGGCUGUUGUUACAAUGAGACGAGAACCGGACUAUCGAUAAAGUGUGUUUGUAUGUCGUUUUCAUCGAUAACAAGUGUUGUGUUCACUUUCACCUGUGCGAAUGUCUCGAUGUCCUUACCUUUUUGUUUGUUUUUCUUUUAAUUACUGCCGCAUGGGUCGGCGCUUACGUUUAAGUUAACCCUUUAUUUUGAAACGAUGGAACGUUGUUCUUAUGGUUUUUACACCAAAAGGUCAGAAAUAUUAGAUAAUAUUCAAAAAAAGAAGGAGCAGGAUAAAGAUCAACCUCAAAGUCCCAGUUUCCAGCCACAAUUGGCAAAGCCAGUCGACAAGCAGCAAGUCCAUACUUCUGAUGUCACGAAUGCUAACCUAUCAGUGACCCAGCAUGUGCCGGCACAGCUCCUGUCUCCGACACACAGCUCGGGAGCCCCCGUUCAGUCUAAAGAAGACACAAAAGACAAGACAAUAAAAGUCGCCAACUCUACAACUAUAACAUUAAUAGAGAACAGUAAUAUCAACGGAGAAAAGGACAAAGACAAUAAUUACCACAAAAAUUACUUCACCUUACAACCUAAGAGUGAUAAAAAAGAUGAGGGCAACAAAAACAGUUUAACAAUAACAAGAACUCUACCAAAACAGUCACCUGGCAGCAGCCAGAGUGACAAAUCCAAAGGACCUUCGAAGCCCACCAAGAGGCCUCUUCAGUAUUUGGAGACUCUAGCCGAGAAAGCUGGCAUCACAUUUGAAGACAAAUACGAAGCAGCAAACACAUUGUUGGCUUUAGAUAAACAGAAUAACACUUUCCGCAGACCUGAAAUUAAACAGCCAAAAUCAGAAAGUGAAAAUCAUACACCCGGUGAAGACUAUAGAUUCAGGAAUCAUAAAGAGGAAGAUGACAAAUUACAGAUUCAGCAACAAAUAAUCCAGCAGCAACAGCAACAACAGCUGCAACAACUACAACAGCAGCAGCUGCAACAGUUGCAGCAACAGCAUUUGCAGCAGUUGCAGCAACAGGCGUUGCAGCGACAGCACCAAGCUAUUCAGCAGCACCUUAAAAACCAACAAGACCAACAGGAGCUUUUACAGAAGCAGUUCCAGCAGCAGCAACACCAGCAGCAGCAGCAACAACAACAGCAGCAGCAACAACAACAGCAGCAGCAACAACAGCAGCAGCAACAACAGCAGCAGCAACAGCAAUCGCAGACUCAACAGCAGCCGCAACAACAGCAGCCGCCUCAGCAACAACAGCAACAACAACAACAACCUAAACCUGAAAUCCAGCAAAUCCCUCAGCAACAAGAAUUACAACAACAGAAGUUCUUACAAGUUGUGAACAAUCAACCGGUGCACACGCAGCAAUUCAACGUACCUGGGAUCGGUGAGAUAAAUCUCAGUUUCCUGGCGUCCCCGCAGAACAACGUGAACCUACUAUUUGACAAGAACCAGAAGACUGGCAUGCCAGGAGAGAUUAAACCGCAACAGAUUGUUGACGGCCAAGCUCAAGUAGUCCAGCAACAGAUAAGCAUGGCCCAGCACGAGCCAUCGCAGCAUCAUCAGACAGUCACUGUGGUCUCCUCUAUGCCGAGCAGUAUGGGGUCGCAUCAAGUACAACAACAGCAAGCUUCGGGCGGCAUCCAGCAGCAAGCUACUUUGCCACCUCUGCAGAGUCUCCCGCCUAACACUCAACAUCCGCAGCAACUAAGCACCGACUGGGGCAAUGGCCGCGUGCAAGUGAUCCAGCAACCGUUGCAGAACAACACGUAUUUGCAACAGCUGUACAACGCGCAGGGCCCGUUGCUGAUGCCCGGCAAUAUUGCUCUGCAUCCCGGCAUCAAUUCCCAGCAGAUUCAGGUGAUAGCUGCCGGUAAGCCGUUCCAGGGUAACCAACUAGCUCCCCAUAUGCUGACUACGCAGGGCAAACAAGUCCUACAAGGCCAAGCUGCUCCAUUCCCUGGAUACACGACGAUACCAACAAUUCCCACAACACAAAAUCAGACGUUCGUGUUCAGUCCACUGGGCGUAAUCAACUCGCAGCCGAGCAUUUUGCCCGCUCACUCUCAGUCCACCGUCUCAGGCAUUGGGCAGCAGAAACCCGGGGAAAUGCAUAAGGUGAUGAGCGGUGGGAAAGUGACUGGUGCCAAAGUAGGUGGUGGCACACAGACCGUGCCAGUACAGGCCCAGUGCGUGCAAGUCUCCCAACCGGUGUUAGGCCAGCAGCCACAAGCCCAGAUCAUCAGUCCACUGCAGGCCGGCAGUCAGACUAUGCAGUUCGCGCCUUGGCAAAUCUCCGGCGCUCUACCGCAGGUGUGGACCGGCGGAUUGCAGGCGGGUACCCUGCCCGCUGGCGGCCUCCUCGCUCCGAACCCCAUCUUCAUCAGGGGCACCCAACCUGAAGCUCAGACCUCCAUGUUCAUACAGCAUUCACCGCAGAACAACGUGCAACACAACAAUGCCGCCGUAUCGUGCGCCACCGCCACUGCUGGCAAACCGCGCGCCGCAUCCGAAGGCAUCGCGAAAGGGUCGCGCACGCUGUCCAACAUCCUGCCGUCGAGCGUCAUCCGCCCCGCGUCCUCUGUCUCCACGCAGACCAGCGCGAACCAAGCACAGAAUCAGGGUAAACAGAGGGGGAAACCUGGCGUACGAUCGCCGGCACCGACUUCCAAACAGGACGCAGCUAAUCAGACUAAUAAAAUGCAGCAUCAAAUGCAGCAGCCGAAGCAGCAGUUGGUGGUCAUGAACUCAAACGGACAGAUGGCGCAAAUCUCCAGCAUUCCGGACAAGCAGCCUCUUAACAAAAACAUCCAGCAGACUCUGCAGCUGCAGCAGCAGGCGAUGCAGCAACAACAGCAGCAGCAGCAGCAGCAACAACAGCAACAACAGCAACAGCAGCAACAGCAGCAGCAGCAGCAGCAGCAGCAACAACAGCAGCAGCAUCAGCAACAGCAGUUGCUGCACCAGCAACAACAGACUCAACAGAUGGUUCAACAUUACCAACAAGGACUAACAUUAGGUAUGCAGUCAGGAGCGCUGCCCGUCGGCUCGGUGUCUCAAACACUGCCUAUGACGGGAAUGCCUCAGACUAUAUCUAUGGUUCAGCAAAUACACCCGCUGGGCGGUAUGGCACCAGCUGGAACUCUGGUCAGUCAGAUCAGCACCGGCCAACAAACUCAAAACCCAUCACUCACUCAAGUGCAUACAUUGCAGCAACAGCCUCAGACCUUGGUCGGAAGUGGACUAGUGCAGACCUCAGUGGGUAUGGCAGUUCAACCGCAACCAGCUCUAAACCAUACUACGCAGAUGCAAACGGUGUCGGCAAACAAUCUGGGCUCUGGGCACUUGACGCUACAGACCCCGGGCACGGUGGGCCUGCUCGCGGCGCCGGUCCAGGGCGCAGUGCUUCCUGUGCCUCAGCAAACGACGCUGGUCGCUCACGUCAAAAGCGAUGAGGACAAAGCUCAACGGAUGGCGCCACCGUCGGCGUUGGUUCAGCAACUGUCGGCGCCGCCGGUAGUAGGCGAGAUGCCGCCCCCGUCCCCCGCACGCUCCCCCGCGCGCUCCCCCACCGCUGACGCUGCCGUCUCCACUACUACAUCCACAGGUCCCAGCACACCGACGGAGCCACCGAAACAGAGUCCUACGAAGAUGGAAACAUCAAGUGUGGCGCCCACCGAGACAAUGCCCGCGCCUCCAGUGCCUCCACUGCCUCCAGUGCCCGCAGUGCCCGCAGUGCCCAAGAGUAGCAGCGGGCCAGUGCCCAGUAGCGCUCAGCAGACCACCACUGUUGCCCCACAGGUGGUGACAACGGUGGCGUGUUCAAGCUCCACGGCCACUAUCACGUCGGCAGUCACCGCACCAGUGUCCCAGUCUGCCCCCGUCAUGUUCAAGUCAUCCCAGACGUCGACCCGCCAUAUGAGCCAGCAAGCUGUGCAUGAUAAGGGUUUACCUAAAGCGAUGGUGAAACCGAAUAUACUCACGCACGUCAUAGAAGGCUAUGUGAUCCAAGAGGCUGGAGAACCAUUCGCCGUCAACAGACCGUUGCGCGAAUGGGGAAUGGAUAAAGACCAAGAUAAAGAGAACAAACUUCCUUCACCAGAUGAACCCCCAAGAAAGAAGCUUAUCUUGAGCCGUUCAAGCUUACCACAGAUAAGCUCGAGCAAUGAGGCGAGCGAACAAACCGGUCAGAUCUCAAAUGUUAAGCCGGAACCUCCAUCAAACACAGAAGCUGCAGAUAACGCAGCUGCUGAUGCCGCCGCACAGGCCAAGAUUCCAAAUGCUCAUAAAUGGACUGUGAAUGAAGUGUGCGACUUCAUUCGCAACAUCCCUGGGUGCGCCGGUUAUGCGGACGACUUCUUGAUGCAAGAAGUGGACGGCGAAGCUCUCCUGCUCAUCAAGCCCGAACACUUGGUGAUGGCGCUGUCUAUGAAACUCGGCCCCGCGCUGAAGAUAGUCGCUUGCAUCGACGCGCUGCGCCCAGAGAGCGAGCAGACUGCAAUGGAGCAGGACUGAGAUAUACUGGCUUGGUGUCAGCUGAUUACAAAGACUAUGUAAAUGUAAGUUGACUUCAAAGCUACAAACAAAAGUGUUCAUAAUAUUUACUAAAAGUUUCACUAGGAUGUGCAGUUAAGUUAUAUUAACAUAGUAUAUUAUAGUAGAUAAUAAGAAGUUACUUUAUUAUUAUGUUAAUGAUUAUUAUUAUUAUUGUUUAAGUAAGAAGUUUAAUUUUGUUCAACAACUGCACAUCGUGCAUAAGCGAAACUGAGUUAAAUAAAUCUACGAUCAUCAAUAAUAAUAGUUACUAACUAUUAUUGAUGAUCGAAGCAUAUCGCGAAUUAAAUUUAAGUGUAACAAAAGGUUAUUGAUAAUAAUUUAUUUAUCACAUAAUUAGAACCGUAAACGUAGUAUUAGUAUUAGACAAUUCUAGAACACAUAAUUAAUGAUAGCAAAGUCUACUUUUGUGUAUAUUACUUACUAUUAAUCAUUAUUAUUAUUAUUAUUAAAUGUUACCUGUAAUUACAUUUGUUGUCGAAUUCAAUUUCGAUUUAUUUAUUAUAAUAUAAAUUUGUUCAAUAAUCAUGACAUUUACUUAUCAUAUUAUAAUCUUUCUGCGAUUUGUUCAUCAAUCAAUAUUAUUUAUGGUAUGAGUACAUAUAACGCUUUCUGUUAACUUUUUUGUUUCUCUUUAAUAAUGAUCCCAACACAUUGUGUUUAACAUGAUUUUUUAUAAUAAAUUCUAAUUCAAAUUAUAAACAUAAUUAGCGCGCUUUUUGGAAGUUUUCAUGUUUUCUUUCUACGAUUUGUAUCAAUGUAGUUCACAUGUUAUGAAUACAUAUAACGCUUUCUGUUACUUUAUUGUUUCUUUAUAGAAAUGAUCCCCAGACAUUGAUUAUUUUCUUUCUGCGAUUUGUUCAUCAAUCAAUAUAGUUCACAUGUUAUGAGUACAUAUAACGCUUUCUGUUACUUUAUUGUUUCUCUAUAGAAAUGAUCCCCAGACAUUGAUUAUUUUCUUUCUGCGAUUUGUUCAUCAAUCAAUAUAGUUCACAUGUUAUGAGUACAUAUAACGCUUUCUGUUACUUUAUUGUUUCUCUAUAGAAAUGAUCCCCAGACAUUGAUUAUUUUCUUUCUGCGAUUUGUUCAUCAAUCAAUAUAGUUCACAUGUUAUGAGUACAUAUAACGCUUUCUGUUACUUUAUUGUUUCUCUAUAGAAAUGAUCCCCAGACAUUGAUUAUUUUCUUUCUGCGAUUUGUUCAUCAAUCAAUAUAGUUCACAUGUUAUGAGUACAUAUAACGCUUUCUGUUACUUUAUUGUUUCUCUAUAGAAAUGAUCCCCAGACAUUGAUUAUUUUCUUUCUGCGAUUUGUUCAUCAAUCAAUAUAGUUCACAUGUUAUGAGUACAUAUAACGCUUUCUGUUACUUUAUUGUUUCUCUAUAGAAAUGAUCCCCAGACAUUGAUUAUUUUCUUUCUGCGAUUUGUUCAUCAAUCAAUAUAGUUCACAUGUUAUGAGUACAUAUAACGCUUUCUGUUACUUUAUUGUUUCUCUAUAGAAAUGAUCCCCAGACAUUGAUUAUUUUCUUUCUGCGAUUUGUUCAUCAAUCAAUAUAGUUCACAUGUUAUGAGUACAUAUAACGCUUUCUGUUACUUUAUUGUUUCUCUAUAGAAAUGAUCCCCAGACAUUGAUUAUUUUCUUUCUGCGAUUUGUUCAUCAAUCAAUAUAGUUCACAUGUUAUGAGUACAUAUAACGCUUUCUGUUACUUUAUUGUUUCUCUAUAGAAAUGAUCCCCAGACAUUGAUUAUUUUCUUUCUGCGAUUUGUUCAUCAAUCAAUAUAGUUCACAUGUUAUGAGUACAUAUAACGCUUUCUGUUACUUUAUUGUUUCUCUAUAGAAAUGAUCCCCAGACAUUGAUUAUUUUCUUUCUGCGAUUUGUUCAUCAAUCAAUAUAGUUCACAUGUUAUGAGUACAUAUAACGCUUUCUGUUACUUUAUUGUUUCUCUAUAGAAAUGAUCCCCAGACAUUGAUUAUUUUCUUUCUGCGAUUUGUUCAUCAAUCAAUAUAGUUCACAUGUUAUGAGUACAUAUAACGCUUUCUGUUACUUUAUUGUUUCUCUAUAGAAAUGAUCCCCAGACAUUGAUUAUUUUCUUUCUGCGAUUUGUUCAUCAAUCAAUAUAGUUCACAUGUUAUGAGUACAUAUAACGCUUUCUGUUACUUUAUUGUUUCUCCAUAGAAAUGAUCCCAAGACAUUGAUUCCAUGUUUUUCAUGUUCUAUUCUAUUUCUGAUAUAUAAUUAGAACGCUUUUAUGGAACGUUCCCAAUAUUUAGGUAAUGCAGCUUAAAAACACUUUUGGAAAUAUAUUUGGUUUCCAUUAAAUUAUAGGAAAUAUAAAUACAUAUAUAUAGUCUUCAAUAUAUAUUUAGUCUCCAUUUGAACGAUUGCCCUAGCAAUAUUUAGCAGCCUUUUUAAUGCCUUAAAGUACAAGAUAAAUAAUAUUGAAGAAUACAUGUUUCACCUAUUAAUGUGUUAUCGGAAGUGUCGUUGGAUAAUGUUAAUACAUAUUAUACAUAUAUGAUUACUAUCCACACAAGUCUUCCACUGAGGGUUGGUUUAAACAAAAUAAUUAUCUAAAUUGAGUUUGCAUUCUGAUCACAAUUCUGAAAGUUGAUAUUAUUAACAGAUUAACAGAUUGUUUCCAUUAAAUUAUAGGAAAUAUUAAUACAUAUUAUAUAUGUAUAUAUAUAGUCUUCAAUAUAUAUUUAGUCUCCAUUUGAACGAUUGCCCUAGCAAUAUUUAGCAGCCUUUUUAAUGCCUUAAAGUACAAGAUAAAUAGUAUUGAAGAACACAUGUUUCACCUAUUAAUGUGUUAUCGGAAGUUUCGUUGGAUAAUGUUAAUACAUAUUAUACAUAUAUGAUUACUGUCCACGUAAGUCUUCCACUGUGGGUUGGUUUAAACAAAAUAAUUACCAAAAUUGAGUUAAAUGAUAUGUAAAUUGAGUGUAAAUUGGUCUCUUUCUCUCUUUCAAAGAAACUGCAUUCUGAAAGUUGAUAUUAUUAACAGAUUGACUAUAGAAAUCAAAAUCAUAAUGUAUUGAAUUGAAUUGAAUAUAGAAAUAUAACAAUAUAAAACUAAUAGUAUGUAGGGUAAACCUUAAAUAAGUAAUUUGAAGUGACAUUUUCUCAGUUGUUGCAAAAAUCUUGUUAAAACUCCGUUAUAUCUUAUCCCUGAGUAGAUUACUUACAAUGUUGAAAGUAAAUUUUUCGUCACAGAUCAUAUUUGACAAAAUAAUUUUAAAUGUUUGCUCUCUAAUUGAUUUAAGAAACUAUUACAUGUACAUUUAAAACAUAGAAAAUGGUUUUGAAAAUAUAAUAAUAGUUAAUAUUUGCUAAAAAUCAUUACAUAACUUUUCUUGUAUUUUUAAAAUCUAAGUUAAUGUAAGUUCUGCCAAUCAGUGUUGGGUGUGUUUUGUUUAGAAGGUUGUUUCAUUAUGGUGCCUGAUCAAAUUAAAGGCACACGAGAAAACCUACACCUUAGAUUGAGAGCAACGCGAAGUAUCUCGCUUCUUCUCAUGAAAUACACGUAAGACAGAUUACUCUUUUUUUUUAAUAGUUCUGAAUUGUUCAUUACAUUCUAUUAGAUCGUAAAAUAUAAAAUCGAAGUUUUUUUAGACUUCAACACUACCAAUUUUUAAUUUAAAAUUAAACGGCUACAAACACUGCCCGCCAUGUUGGCCUAUUUACUAUGUCAUUAUGUCAAACAAGUUUAAUUUUUUUGAUUUUUCGAAAAAUCGAACAUCCUUUGAUUUGACGUGUAUUUGUUAACUAAGACUAUGACGUCACGAGUUGGCCGACAGUGUUUUUGGCAUUUGGAAAAAUAGAUAAAAUAUGCAAGUUAUUCUUGUAUGCAGCGUGCUAUGCAGUACCACAAGAAAAUAAUAUUUUGUCAUAUUAAAGGAGAACCGGCUUUCCUGCCUAAAUACCAAUAACGAUAUGCGACAUUGGAUAGGAUUUUUUAUUUACUUUAAUUAAUAACAAGGUCAAAAGUUCUUAAUUACGUUAUGGCUCAAAAAAAACAAAAAUAUUUUUCUUCAAAACGACUUAAAUGGUUUAACAAGCUUUACGUUAUAACUCUCACUACUACUACUACUACUACUACUACUACUAGCAAAAAUAUCAACCUCAUCAAUAUAAAAAAUAUUAUUUCUCUAUAAAAAUAUAUCCAAAUUAAUGUUAGUUGCAGUUGUAACUUGUAUGCACUAUUUUUCUUUAAUACGAGAGCAUGUUAAAACAUGUUUACCUACUUUAUUUCAUAGAGCACUCGUAUAUUUAUAUGUAAAUAAAGUAUGAAUUUUCAUGCCAUAACAAAUAUCACACAGCACUCAGGUACCUCCUGCCAUAACAAAUGUUAAAGUACAUAAAAAACCUAUCCAAUGAUAUAUUGCAUGUUGUUAUUUAGGCAGGCACCUAUACAUUUUUGCCGGUUCUACUUUGAUAUGAGUCAACUACCCUAUUCGUGUACUCACAUAUAAUAUGUCCCGAAAUUCUAAAUAUUGAGGUUACCUUUCUACUAUAAUUUUUAGGGUUCCGUAGUCCACAAAUAAUCCAGAAGAAGUUUCGCCAUGUCCGUCUGUGUUUUGUUCGUUCGUCCAGCUGUCCGCGGUUUAGCACAGAAACUAUUACAACUAGAAAGCUGUAAUUUAGCUAGCGUAUGAAAGUUAAAAAUGUGAACAAAGUAGUAAAAUAAAAUCUUUUUUGUGGUACCUCCCCUACAUGUAAAGUGGGGAUGAAUUUUUUAACUCGUUUAUCUCAUAGUGAGGUAUCGAUAAAAUGUUAAAAGUUAAAUUAAAAAAAAAAACUUAUUUGGAGUUCCUUCCAUAUGAUGGUGAGGAUGAUUUUUUUAGUCUAUCCCAUAGUGUGUGAUACUGAUAGUGUGAAUCGCUAUCUGUAUUUUUUUAUUAUAAGAGUUUGAAAGCUCUUCUAACUACGGAACCCUAUACUGCGUGUGGCUCAACAAGCACUUGGCCGGUUUUUUUGUAGCAGGUCUGUUUAAUUGACAUUAUUUAAGUGCCGCGAUAUUAGCGGCCUCUAUUGUGCAUUAUUGUACAGCGUCAGGUGCAAAAUGUGUGUGAGAUGGAUUGACGUUGGUCAUUAGAAUUCAAGAUUACUUUAUUGAUAAGGUGAUUUCAAGGAAUAAAAGAUUUUCCUUUAAGAAUUCUUUAUAUUCAUAAUUCAUAAAUCUGUUAUUUUCUUUCAUACAACCGCGUUAUCUGAUCACAAGACAUUUUUGAUGUGAAAUGUAUUAUGUAACGGGUUAGACUUGGACUAACACGCUGACACGUGAUGCGUCACCAUACUUCAUAGUACGAGAUCCGACAUAAGAAAUGUAUACCCUCAUCUGUUAUUUAAUUGGGAUAAGAAAUAAAUUAUAGAACAUAUUCACAUUGACACAUGGCAUAAUUUAUUUUUUAAUUUAUUUAAUCUCCUUUCAUCAUGGGUUAUUUAAAAAAGUCAUACACUAACUAGUAGAACAUACCAAAAAAAAAUUAAAAAGUAAAGGUUUCCUGCUUUCACAAUACAUUUUUUAGGGAUGCCAGGUAUAUAUAACUACUCUCAUCAGUUAUUUAGUCGUCUAUUAUUUCAAAUGAAAGCUUAUUUUAUGCUUAAUUCAACUGUAUUAGGUUAUCUUUGAUCUAGUUCAUGGUUUCCUAGAUUUUGCAUGAGAAAUGUGUUUGGCCUCAAAUUAACUAGGCAACCUAUUUACAAUGUGCCACUGGUGAACAUUAUCUAUCAUUUAUUUCAUAGCACUAAUGAAUAUUUGUAAUGCCGGAUCUUAGACUAUCACAGUUUAGUAAUUUAUGUGACCAUGUUCUGCACAUCGUCAUCAUCAACAUCAUUAACAGCCGAUGGACGUCCACUGCUGGACAUAGGCUUCUUGCAUGGACUUCUAAACAAAACGGUCUCGAGCCGCCAGCAUCCAGCGGCUCCCUGCAAACCCGCUUGAUGUCCUCGGUCUACCUAGUAGGGGGUCGACCAACACUGCGCUUUUCGGCGCGGUGUCGUCAUUCCAGCACUUAGGGACCCCGACGUCCAUCGGCUUUUCGAACUAUGUGGCCACAUGUUCCGCACAUCUUCUGUUUAUCCCCAAAGCAUCAAAGGCACCUACGCUCCCUGCGCAUUCACUCUCGUAUACCUUGCAUUACAUUAAAAAUUUAUGUACCUACUAUCUACCAUAUUAAAAACGAUAGAUAUUUAAAAUUGUGCCAAUGAUUACUUGCCAACAAGUGAGUUACUUCCUGAAUAAUUAUUAUUAUUCCAAAGACCAAUCUUAUAAGAAAAAGCUUGUUCUGAAGAAUAACAUUAACUUUUAUCAUAUCGCUUUAUUAUGUAGUAGGUAUAGGUGCAGAAUUAUUUUGUUAUAAUUAAAGCGAUAUUUCACCGUCCUUUUCGUAAACAAUACGUAAAUGGUCCGGUAAAUAACGUUUAAAAUUCCUACUGCCUGUAGGUACUUUCAUUUCAUACCACCGUGGGCUUGUUUGUAAUUGAUGUGUAUCCUUACAAACGGCUUCUUCACUUCCACUUGAAAAUAUAAAUAUUCACCAUGAAUUAUUAUCAUUUUCGUAUUUUUUGUUAAGUGCGUUAUGUAUUUUCCUACAAAUAGUAAGUUAUGGAAAUUAACAUUAAUAUCAGGACUAUAAAAGUAAGUAAUAGAGUAAAAAUUAAUUAAUUUGCAACGCCAUUUUCAAAUAUAAGAAUUUAAAUUAAAUUUUAAUAAACACCUUUCAAAUCAUUCAAAGAAUUCAAUCAUCAAUCAUUUUGAAAGUAUAUCAAACUAGGUAGGAGACAACGCUAUACUGAAAAAGUAAUGAAAAAAAAAUAAAAAUAAAAAUUUCUUUUUUAAACAAUCUGAAUACAUAUAUAUCUAAUUAACUAUAAUAUAUAAGGUAUUCCCUUAGUGAAAGGAAAUGUCGUUUUUUUCAUGGAUACACAAUUUAUUAUUCCCAUGGUGGUAAGUUUAGGAUAUCCGCGCGUCGCAUCGUUUAAACAAGAGAGAUCGCUUUCUAUAUUUAUUACUCGUUAACGACUUGUAACCAUUGGUAGGUAUUUCCGUUUAAAGUAACUAUAACCGUGAUAUUAGACUUGCAACGAAUAUAUAAUAAUAUAGAAAUUAACUUAAUGUUUUAAUGUAAAAUUAAUUUUCGUUACUGGCGUUCGUAUACUAACACAAAUUUGGGACAAUAUAAAUUUUUACAUUUCUUGUUCCUUUUAGAUUUAUACAACGAAAGCACAACGACUAAUAUUAAUUGAAUUGAAUCUUUUCAUAAAUAAACAACUAUUCAAAAUUACAAAUUUUUGCCAAACCACCUAAAUUGUUCACUUAGUUUAAGCUGUUUCCAAAAGUAUUUUAUAGCGUUACUUAUAAUAUCCAUAAAUUUCAGUCACGUUCACAUCUGUUUCAGAUUGUUUAUUAGGAAAUACAUUAGUGCUUCAAUCAAAAAAUCGUACAUCAAUUUCCUUGAUCAUAACCAACUUUUUGUUUUAAUUCUGAACCCCUUAUGCACUCCCCUAUUCGUUGCACGCCUAAUUGUUUUUAGAUGUAAUUCAAAAUAAAUUUCAUAUAAGUUACUACAUAACGCUCCCUCCAUAUGUUUGUCGUUCAAAUGAAACUUAGCACAUCUUGACACUCGUUGCAGUUUGAUUGGCAAUUCAGUUGUGCUUUUUUGUUUGUUGACUUUCUUAUAAUUUGCAGCUUGUUGAGUAGUAACCAAAAAUCUCAUUUUAUAUUUCGACAGUCAAAGGGCUGGGAACGAUUUACUAUACCUCUCGGUUUUUGUGGCUCCUCGGCCAUGGAUCUAUUAAGGUUUAAAGUUAUCAGGCCCUUACUGUUUUGAGAAGUACUUAUUUGAGAUAUAGAGAAAUAUUCAACAGUUGUUCACAUCCAAUUUGCCAAUCAAAUCGUACCGUAUCCAAUAGGUGUGAGGUCGAAGGACGAAGCUUUUGUUUAUUCGAAUGGGUUUUACAAUUUGUUUGUGAACCUUGGACAUAUGUCGACUGUUCCGCCUAAUUAGUUUAUAAGGAUUUUACAUCUAACUCAGCCUCUUUGAUUUAGAAUAUCAAACAACAAAUUUCGAUAUUUCUCACCAUGUGUUCAUGAAUUUUUCAACAAUAAGACGUAAUUUAAUUUUAAUUUGUAGAAUUUGCAUUGUUUUAUAUCCAUAAUUAAGCCUUUACUACAGCCUGCCUUUAUAUGACAAUAUUAAGAUUAAUAUUUAGUGGUCUAAUCAUAGUAAGAUGCUCAAUUCAAAACGUUCAAUAUUGCAAUCAUGUAGGUGUAUUAGAAAACUGUUAUAUGUUAAGAUUGUGUUUUUAAAUCAACAAACUUGUCAGGCAAUUUCUUUAUUUCUGAAACCACUGACGCGGUUGUUUAAUUAAUUCAUAGCUACGUUAACGUGUCGAGUUGUCAGUUAUUAUUCAAUAGAAUUAAAGUUUAAAUUUUCUAGUUAAUAUUUAAAAUUUUAGUGGCUGAGUUAAUUGUAUUGUAUUAGUACUAUGAGUUAGUUGCUUAAGACACUAAUGAGGUAACAAACGAAUUUUUUUGAAUCACUUAUCAAAAAUCUGAUUCGUUUAUUUGUUUUAAUGAUAAAUUGAUCAAUUAUUUCUUUGCUACCCCUUUAGUAAUUUAUAAUUUUAGUCUGUAGUUCUAUGUUUGGUAUGUUUUAAUGAAUAUGCAUAUUAAUGGCGAAAAGAGAACACAGGGAUAAUACAAUUAUCUGUCGUUGUUAUUGCGCUGGUCAUAAAAUAACCUGUAUACACCAUUUUUUUUUUAAAUUUCUGGUAAAGACUGUAUUGACAAUAAAUUUUCAUAAACUCUGGUGACUCGAGAUUUUGACUGUGACUAACAUUACUGCCCCAUAAGUCUGCUAUGUAACAGGAGCGAGUAUACAAAACCCAAUGGCGGAUUUAUUAAGAUACUUCCAGCAGGAAGUUCUUUGUUGUUGUUUUGUAAUAUAUUAAUAUAUAUUGGUCUACAUUUGCCGCCCCGUAAAAUCUGCCGCCAUAAGCAUAUAGGCUACUUAGCUUGCUGGUAAAUUUGCCACUGCCAAGUAUAUUCGCAGGCCGGCGCAAUGAUUACUUUAUUUUUUAUCAUUACAUUAUUCAUUACUUAAUAUACCAACUUAGAAGAUUUUUGCUCUUUAUCUCUUUAUAUUAUAUAUUCUUUAAUUUAUAUUGUAUCUAUUAAUAUUGUGUAUUUCUUUUUUGAGAUGUUCAUGAAACUAACCUGUACUCUAGUUUUAUGUAACGAAGUUUAGUUAAAUUUAAUCGAGUUUAGUUAAGAUAAAACAUACCUUUAUAUUAAAUGAAGGUUACUCUGGUGCUAGUGGACGUUAAUGACAAACAAAAUUAUUAGAAUUUCUUUUUUACUUUUCGCUGAUUAGUUCCCAAGUCUGCUAUUGCUUUCGAUUUCCCGUUUAAGUUCGAUCAUCUUUAAGGAUGCUGAGAUGUGCUCUAAAAAAUGAACAGAUUAGAUCGGUUUAUUUUUCUACUCUUAGGAUGCACAUAAAGAAAGCCAUCCAGGUUUAGUGAGUAAGUUGUUGUAAGUGCAAUCGUUGAAACAUAAUGUUGACAAAUGCACGUACACCAAAAUGUAUGGUUUAAUAUUAUUGUAAUUAUUUGUCACACAAAUUCUGAAAAUGGCAUGAACGAUUAAAUCUAUGGUGCUAUUACAUUCGUUUGCGGUGUGCGUCAUUUAUUGUUUCCUUUACUACUUGCAUUGAUUCAAUGGAAACUAUGUAGGUAAAUAUUAAUAUAUUAUUAACGAUAAACAUUUGGGAGUUACAUACUGUAGUCUAAUAGUGUUGUAAAUAAGUAGAUAGGUAUGUAGUAAAAUGUAAACAAAGUUCUCUGUAUGAGUUGUUGACGAAGACGUAUUCGGAAUAAUUGUAUAAAUAAAAAUGUAAUGUAGGUAGUUUGUAACUUUUCUCUAUAUUGUACGAGUAAGUACAAGUUUAUAAAUUUAAAAUAUUAUUUUACGCACCGUUCUUUAUGAAUGGUGCGCUGUAUACCAAAUACAGGCACAUAUGUAUUUUAAAAAAUUAUAUUAAGAAUACAGUACGUUGGGAUAAUAACAAUAAUAACAUUUUGAAUUCCAGUGUUGCCGAGAAAUAGUUGGCAUACCAUGACGUUGUUGGAACAUAAUAAAUUUAAUUAUGUCUCCCUUUUUUGAUUCAACAAAUUAAUAGAUUUGAAGUCCGCAUAUUUUUUUUUAAUUCUUAUUAUUAAGAUUUACGUGUUAGUUGAAAGCCAACAACACAUUUUCUAGUGACUGAGUCACGCUUGACGUUCUCGCCCUAAUCUAAACAAACUAGUGAAACAAACGUACGUUUGUAGGUACGAAAUUUGGCACACGUUUAGCAAGUGGUAUACGUAUGUUUACAAAAUGUGUGCAAUUCUGAUCGAUUGAUAACCUCACUUCUCAAUUUGUACGAUGAAGGCCGGCUACCCAACGCACUUAUCUACCUACAUGUAUGUAUUCUAUUUAUCGCAUGUUUAACCUACAAAAUUUGUCUAUUAAUAACGAAUAACGGGGGCACACGAUGCGUUGCGGUGCCGCAUGGCAUAGACUUCACCGUAUCAGCGCUGCGGCGCCGCAACGUUUUUAUGCCGCAGCGUUGGACAGUCGAUUAAUAAAGUGAUAUUAUGACGCAUAGAGAACUGAGCGGUGCCGCUCCGACGUCUCAACGCAUUCACCCCUCCCCGCCUCGUCUCGGUGGUUGCAAGUCCGGUGCGGCGUAUCGUGUGACAUGCCACAGAUAUUUGUAUGUAACGCAACUAUACCGCUCCGGCGCCGCAACGCAUCGUGUGUCCCCGCUCUAUGUAAGCGAGUAAUGACGCAUUUUUAUUACGCGAUAAGGAAUACGCACUGGGUGCGAAAUUUACUUUUACACGUACGUAAGUUUCUGAUAUUGUUAAGCAGUGCGUACGAUACCUUUUAUCGCCAAAUGAAAAGGCGCUAUAGUUACACUUUGAUGUCGUAAGUAAGUAAAUGAAUGUGUUGUUGGACUGUCAGCCCUCAUUCGCACGAGAGUUUUUUUUAGGGAAGUUAAAAAAGCGUUCAAAUAUAGUAGUAGUAGUAGCAGUUAAAUGAAGGUCUAACGCUCAAAAUUGAAAAUGCAUCACUGCUCGAAAAAAAACUCGUGUUUUAAAAACGCUGUCUUGUGAACAUAUAGGUACUUGGGAAUGCAUUUGUUGUAUUUGAAUGCUUUUUUGACGUCCGUUAAAAAAGCUCUCGUGCGAAUGUAGGCUUAUGGUCAUUGGUCAUAUAGCCAAUCUACUUAUAAGACAAUACACUAUAAUAAUGUUUUUAUUCCAUAUAUUAAUAAUUAUUAACAUUGUUGUAACUGCGGCCUGUCGAAGGACCUCUAAAUUCGUCAUUAAAGUUAUACAUGUUGUUAAUUGGUAAUUUUAAAAAAAUAUUCGUUGUCGUGUUUCGUCGAGUAUCGGCAACGAGAUGUCCUUUUAAUUCUUAAAUAAAAAAAAAAUGAUUACUCUUUAAUACGUGUUAAACAUUCUCAUAUAGGUAUACAUUAUGAGAAUGUUUAACACCUUGAUUCGUUUCGACACUGUAUCUAAGUAACUAAAUGUCAAAAUGGACCUCUUAUGUGAUAAACACUAUUUUGCUGUUUGUAAAUAAUUCUAAAAUACGUGUAGUCUCGGGUGUGAAUAAAGAGCCGGUUUAGGGUAGUUCACAACGUUUGAUAUGUAAGUUCGUUAUAUUCACGUGCGUUUUGGCAAACAAUCUGUAAGGUGCAAUGAUGUUAGAAGAAAAAAGAGAUAGAUAGGUUACAGCCUUAAUAGCUCAACGGUAAGAGCGGUCGGACUCAUCACCCAGGGGUGGUGGUUCGAUCCCUGCCCGGUUGAUAUAUUGUCGUACCCACUCCUAGCACAGUCUUUCCCGACUAGUUGGAGGAGAAUGGGGAAUAUUGGUCAUAUUUAAUACAUAUGGCAAAUAUUCAUUUAAAAAAAAAAACACAUUCAGUGUUUACAACUGGUACACAAAAAAUAUUUUAGCGGCGUUGUCAACGGCGCGAUGACAGUGAAGCGACUGCACUCCGGUUUGCUAAUUAGCAUAGUUUUAACGUGCCACUUGCGGUCCGCGUAUAACCUAUCUACCUCUUUUUUCUUCUAACAUCAUUGGUAAGGUGUACCAAUUUAAAUACUACUGAUAUCAUGUUUCGCUGAAAAUUUUAUAACUAGCAAGCAGACGCUACUAGUAGACGCUGCUACUGAAGUUGAAGUUCAGUAAUAUAUGCGUACCCACACCUUUUGUUACUAAGUGACAUUUGACUUAUCCAUAGCCUCGUCCUACCUGAAUUAUAAUACAACUUGGUGAUUUUGCUAUAUGUCCUGUACAAAGGACAAUUUUUUAUUGUAUUCUGCCUAAGUAGAAUAAAAUACCUAGAGCGUACAUAAUCGAUAGUGAAAUUUCGUUGCAGUUAUAAAAUGAGAAUUUAUAAAUAUGUAAUUGUAUCUGUACCUACUAUUGAGUUUUGAAAAUUUUCUUAGCAAUAGUUAUCAAAUCAAAAUUAAAUGUAAUUAUUUAGUUAAAUAUGUAUUUUGUCAACUGUAUGCCUUGGAAUCGCUGCCAGAACGCACUUAGUAAUAUCUGAGGUUUCCUUUUUUUGUGUUACUCUUAUUUACUCUUUAUAGAUUACAUUUGUACAUUAUGCUAAUUCGGUUUACACAAAUUUCAAAACAUAAAGAGCUAAUAGAUAGUACAGUAAUGUACUGUAUUGUACAUGUAAGACUAAUAAUCUUGUAAGCCUAUUUUAGUUUUGAUUGUAACUGAUUUAGCAUUGCGUAUAUGUAUCUUUUAUUCAUUUAGCUCAAUUUUUGUCAAUACAUAUUUUCACUUUGAUAAGUAUUAGUUUAAAAUAAAGCGGAUGAGACUGA